AUGAUCGACGGUGGAAGCAGCGCAGAGGUAAUGUUUUUGAACACUUUCAAGAGAAUGAAAUUAGACGAAAAGGGGAUCAGGCCCAAUCCUACACCGCUCUUCGCAUUUGACGGCAGCAAGGCACGAGUAAUAGGAGACGUGGCAUUACCCGUCAUAGCCGCUGGGAAAACCCUUUUAGUGACUUUCGUGGUGGUAGACGCUCCGAGCGCCUAUAACGUGAUCAUGGGAAGAGAUUGGAUCCAUAGAAUGGAUGGAGAGGCAUCAACUAGGUGCCAAGUGAUGAGAUGUCUAACUGAAGAUGGUGCUGGUACUAUCGAUAUCAAAGGGGAUCAACUUGAAGCCAAAAAGUGUUACAACAUAGCGACUGACCUCAAGAAUGCAGCCGGGGCACAGCCGCAACAGAACCAGCAAUUAUAG